AUGUUAAGAAUUACCCAAAACACAACCGGUGUCAUAACCAAAAGCCUUGCUCGUAAUAUCUCGUGCACGUCCCAGGUUUGCAUCGAUCAGAGAUGGCGUGAACAACAUGGUCUACCGGCCAAUCCCAAUGAAUUUGGACCCCUGACCAAUUUGCCCGAUUAUACAUUUUUAGAUGGCCGGCCCACACCAAUGGGUUCCAAUCAAAAGAAACGUUUGCUGAAACAACAAACCAUUGCCGCUAAAAUUGUCACCCUUAGCAAGGAGUUGGAUAUGGCCAAGCAACGCUAUCAACAGCUACAACAACAGGAGCAAGAAAAACGCCAACAGAUUAUGCAAGCUAAACUGAAACCUAAGGGUAAAUUGUUGCUAGAGAAUCUGAAGAAGUAG